AAAAAGUAGCCUACAUCAAGCCUCGUACAGUAGUUCUCUUCCCGCACCGUAGACGUUUAACGGACGUUUCAUCAUUUUCUUCAGGGCUAUACAUUUAACGCGAAUCCGUUUACGCGAGUAACUUUCCAGACAAUAAGACUUCAAGGAAUGGAGUCGAUACCCAGUCAGCUGUCUACGGGACGAGAUGCUUGCUCUUCGCCGAACUCAAAGCAAGAACUGCAGCCUUAUUCUGGCACCAGCUCGCUGAAGCCAAAUCAAGUGAGUGAGACUGCGCUGUACGGAGUGCCCAUCGUCUCUUUGGUCAUAGACGGCCAGGAGAGACUGUGCCUGGCGCAAAUCUCCAACACUUUGUUGAAGAACUACAGCUAUAACGAAAUCCACAAUAGACGCGUUGCUCUUGGAAUUACGUGCGUGCAGUGCACACCGGUGCAGCUGGAGAUCCUGAGGCGCGCGGGGGCCAUGCCCAUCUCCUCGCGCCGCUGUGGGAUGAUCACCAAGCGUGAGGCCGAGCGCCUCUGCAAAUCUUUCCUCGGGGCCCACAAUCCUCCCAAAUUACCCGAGAAUUUUGCAUUCGAUGUUUCACACGAGUGCGCCUGGGGGAGCAGGGGAAGCUUCAUACCGGCGAGGUACAACAGCUCCAGGGCGAAAUGCAUCAAGUGCACCUAUUGUAAUAUGUAUUUUUCACCCAACAAAUUCAUAUUUCAUUCACACCGCACACCCGAGUCCAAAUACACGCAGCCGGACGCGGCCAAUUUUAAUUCAUGGAGACGCCAUCUGAAAUUGACGGACAAAAACUUAUCUGACGAUCUUUGUCACGCGUGGGAGGACGUAAAGGCCAUGUUUAACGGCGGCAGCCGAAAGCGGGCAAUGCCAGGGAGUGGAUCGGAUAUGUCAUCUCCACUUAAACAGCAGGCCUCCGACAACAUUACGCAGAACAGGUCACCUGAUGUUCCACACAAAACUUUGCGCUGCGAUGACGACCGUGGGAACCUCAGUUUAACCAACAGUGUGCGGAACUUCCCGGUAAUUCCUGUGCCAAGUAAGAGUUUUGGCAUUCUCCAGAAGAUCCCACCUCCUAUCUUUCCGCAUUCGUAUACUUUCCCGGCGUUUGGACUGUGUCAAAAGAAAGAUGAUGGAGUUGGUGAGCAGAAUAAGACCAGUAUACCAAGAGUGUUUUGGCCUGGUGCGAAGGACAGUCUCUAUCCUUCGUUCCCUAUGUUCUGGCCAACCACAGGAAGCCUGCCACUCGCAUCAUAUCAACCAGCACAACCAAAACCAGAUACGGAGCUAAUGGGUAGCCGGCAGGCCGAAAUAGAGAUUUCAGGGAGCGAGCGGGGAGGAAACACACCUCGAGACAGUCUAUUCGAUAGCGAGCGCUGCUCCAGCUCACAGUCCAUCAGGAACGAAGAGGACAAAUCUGGGGACGAGACACGGUCAUCUGAGGGUCAACCAGCCACCCAUAGAAAGAUGAGCUAUAUUUCGGCUUUCAGGCCAGUUGUUAAAGACGCAGAGAGCAUAGCCAAUUUUUAUGGAAACAGGGAUGCAUACAGCGGAGCCCAUUCUGGCCAUUUGUCACCAGACAGCGUAAGUGAGAGCUCUAGCUACAGAUCUGCCUCUCCAUGUGUGGACAGUGGGGAAGAUCCAGAUGUGGACGUGGAGUCUCACAGAGUUCCAGAGGACGAGGAGUCGAUACAACUCUCCGUGGAUGAUCGGCAAAGUCCCAUGGAGGAAAUCACUCUGAACACUCACCACGAUGACCAGGAGCCCACUUUCAGUGACACAGGCUCUUCUGAUCAGAAACAGAACAAACAGGUGGCAAAGAAAAAUGAUGCCACUGUUUAUAAUGUGUACCCACAUGAAAAGGAGAGAGCAUCUCUGCAGAGCACACAGCCUUGUUCGGUCUCUAAACUUCCACGCAGCGCACCGCAAUCAAACGAUUCACACAUUUCGAACAACAGCACAGAGGACGAAUGUGAAUCACUGAAAUCCUGUUCGGAUCACAUUAACGUUAGCAAAGAGAUCCCAAACGAGGCUUCAUUGAGGAGUACUGUUAACAGAUGUCAUCUUUUUGAGAAAGACAUCGAGAAUAUGGCGAAAGAGGAGCUUCAAAAGCAGCUCUUGGAGCAAGUGGAGCUAAGAAAAAAACUGGAACGGGAAUUUCAAAGCUUGAAAGAUCAUUUUCAGGAUCAAAUGAAGAGGGAACUGUCUUAUCGUGAGGAGAUGGUCCAGCAGCUGCACAUUGUAAGAGACACAUUGUGCAAUGAGUUGGAUCAGGAGAGAAAGGCCCGUUAUGCAAUUCAGCAGAAGCUUAAAGAAGCUCACGACGCUCUUCACCAUUUCUCCUGCAAAAUGCUAACUCCACGGCACUGCACAGGGACCUGCACAUUCAAGCCACCCCUCUUACCACCUUAACUUCAAAUUGUAUCCCAGGGAGGCAUUAAAAUACAGUAAAAACUGUGAAACUGCCCUAAAGGAAUUCUCCCUUCACACUUUGUUUGAGAGGUUCUCUCAAUUUACGCACAAUGAAUUCUGUCCAAGGACUGCUGAAUCGCAAUCCAUCCAAAGUAUUCACAGGCUCUGCCUUGAACAGUGAAUGAAAGUGUCUAGGAAUAAUUUACGACAUUAAAACUCCUUAAAACAAGCCAGAGGAUGACAAAGAUGGGUGAAAUAAUUAUACUUUUACUUAUGUAAAUAUGGUGAUUUUUUUAAACAAUACAGAUACUUAAUAUGUGGC